GAGAGCAUCUGUUUAACAAUCGCGCAGUGAAUUCUUUUGCACUUUUCUUUGCAAUAUAAUUGUCUAUUUUACAAGCUGACUGUGAACUGUCGUUUCCUUUCUUACUGCUGAAAAAUUCCCCCGUCUUCGGGCAGCUGUGAUGGAAACUUUAUAAUAAGCAGGUUGUUCUUAAGGGCAGUGGGAGAAUAAUUCUGUGCAGGAUAACCAUUGAUCAAGAACAGUUGAAGAGAAACAUCUACAAGAAUGUGACAUUCGACCAACUGGAAUUGUUCUAACGCUAUCUCUAGAGAAUCUCGUAAAGACCUGGAAGCUUGUACGUCAUUGACGCAGAAAAGACCCUGGUUUAGAAUUAUUUCUUUUUUGUACUAUGAUGAAUACUGAAGAAGUAAAAAAUGUGGACAAGGCAAGGAGAAAUUCGGAAAAAGAGCAAAAAAGAGCUCGAAAAACAAGUCGAUUUAGAAAAUUAAGUAUAUCAAGAGGAAGAGCGAACACAAAUAAAGACAAACGGCGUAACAGUGAAGAGGUCCAGCUUUUACACACAGCCGAGGAAGACGAAACAGAGGUAGAAGUAGACAGAGAAUCGACAGGAAGUAGAAAGAUAGGAGUACCGACAAUCGACGAAAUAGAGUUGAAGGAGGUGCCAGUGUAUAUGAUUUGCCCAAAGUGUGGAGAAAAGGGAGUGACCAGAACGACUGUGGAGAGAUCCAAGGAAGCUGAAUGUGUUUCACUAUGCCUUUGCUUGCUGCAGUGCUAUUGUUGUUGUUGGGUGCCGCUUGUACUGAAGCGAAUGAAACAAGUGAUUCAUACAUGCCCAAACUGCAGAAGGCAAAUUAGUGUGUACAAGAGAGUCAAUUUCCUUAGCAGAUUUACAAAAUCGGAAGAGCAUGAUGCCGAAACUUGA